AUGGACAACAGCGAUCAACCCCCAGUAUCGGAACUACUGCGUUCAACGGCGGCCAUCCCAAUCGCGCGACUCUCCCCUGACGUUGACCGUCUCUCGCAAAGCUCUAUCCACUCUGUUGUAACGCUCCUGUGGCCGUAUUCGUCGUCCACCAGAACACUCAGUGUCCUUCUCGCCGAACCCGACUUCCGCCUUCGCCGAUCAAACGGACAGGUAAAAGUGUUCUUUCACGGUCAUGUGGCGGAGGAGGUGGCGCGAACUCAUAUUGGGAUUGGUGACACUGUGUACCUGAGCUUAACUGGGUCGAAAUUGUCGAAGAAUGAUGCCAAUGCGGCGACACAGACACCGGGUCGAAGUGUCUCGUGGGACGUGCAUUUUGAGACCUCGGCAUUUCUAGAGAUCUGGCGUAACUCCAAACUCUUGUCGACAGUCAAAGUUGAUUUCUCGCGCAGUACGCCUCCGCUCGCGGACAACGUAACGGCAGCUCCUAGCACACCAGCUGCUUAUGGUGGCGCGCACGCAUUCGGGCCGCCAGAGUCAUCCUUAUGGCAAUCCCCGGCGUUCUUAGGGGGAUCUUGGGUCUCGUCCCACUUCACUGAUUCGGCUGAUGACCCUUUUGUGGAAGAAGAUGGCUACCCUGAGAGCCCUGGAGACAGAGAUUUACCGGAGGACUGGAUGGCUAUCUUUGACGAAGACCUCGAGAAAGAAACGGAAACCGGCGUGGAAGCUGUCGUUCAGGAUACUCCAGAGAGCACUAUCGCUCCAGCCCCGGCAGCUGUUCCGGAUAACGCGCCAGCUGUAGACACCGAUGCCGUUAUGGUAGAGGCGGAUGCCGCAUCUUCAGCAGCAGACAAGCAUUUUGAUCAGAUAAACGACAACGCUCUGUUUAUCCAUCCUAACGCUAUCCCGCAGAGCGUUUCAGAGCCCUCAAAGCUUAUCAACCCGGGUCAGGCUUCCCACCUCCCAACAAAUACGCCGCGCCUACACCCGGUUCCUUCUCCUGGGCUCCCACAACCAUCUCCGCUUACUACUACACCAAAUAGCCUCAGCGGAUACUUCGGAUCUGCAGCUAAUACUCCGGCCGCGGCUCAAUCUAUGACACCUGUGGCACCAAGCUCUAAUGAGGGGUCUGAGUCAGACGGCCAUGUCAAACCAAGGACUGCUGCGGUACCUGGGUCCGGGGAGGUAGCUGAACUAAACGGACCGGAUACUCUGCCACCAGACCAACCCUAUGAUGAAUCAUUUACCCCUGCGCCAAGCAAACCCGAAGAAGAGACUCGACUCGAUAAUUCCGAUAGUGUGCCGCAGGUCCAAGACCAUGGCGGAUUAACGCACACAGCCGAGGAUGACGUUGUGACGGUAUACACUGACGACAUGCAAGUUCUGGCUUCUGACAGGGUAUCCGCUCUAGACUCGGCGGAUGCAAUGGCCAGCCCUCAACCUUCGAACAGAAACGCGACUACUGUCAACGAUAUUGAAUUGGCUAAGACAGAGGGUAACCUUGGUCAUUUUACGAAAACCAGCAAGACUGAAACUCACUCUGAGGGGCCAGACUCCGAGACAGGACAACACUCGGCAAUUGAUGAAGAUGAUGCGGCUAGAAGAUUCGUUAAUGAAAGCGACCAGGAAGAUGAAGAUAGGGUCAGCGGGGAGAGUAUGCAUGAACGCCAGGGCCGAGAAAACGAUAUUGAACAGAAGCAAGUUUCUGCUGAGCGGAAUGCGGAAGGAGAGCUUUCGAAGGCUCGUAGAUUAGAAAAUUUUGAUAUACCACGUGCUGAAGGGGAGUCUCCUUCGUCAGACUAUAGCGGAGAUAGGUCGCCAAACCGUUCCUACGAUUACGAUCUUGAGGAUGAAAGUGAUGGUGUGGAUAGCGAUGAUAUUGAUGAUGAUGAUGAUGACGGGAGCGAUGAGGAUGCGAGUAACCAGGGCGAACUUGAAGAAGACUACGAGGACGACGAAGAUGAUGAUGAGGAUGAUGGAUAUGGUGAAGGAUAUGAUUACUCCGAGUCAGAAAUUGAGUCUGUUUCUGAAGGGGAAUCUUCACCGAGAGCUGCACCAAAGAAUACGGCCCCUGAAGUUAUUGUUUUGGACAGCGACAGCGAGGAUGAUUUAGCCGCUCCUUUAGCCGCCGCUGAUCCAACUGACACCGCUAAUGGACAAACACAAGAUACAUCAGGAGAAAGCUCGUAUGACUCGGAAGACCAUGGUCCAUCAGGUGAUGGGUUUAGUGACGAAGCAGACCAUGAACGCGAGCCCAUAGAAAACCAGGAGGGCGACGACGUGGGUUUCUCAGACCGGAUGGCAGUACAUGGAACUGCAGAGGAAUCGGGGAGUUCGAAUGCUGAAGGAAAGGGCAAUCAGCAUAUUGUGAAUGAGCACCCUGUAGCUGGAUGGCAGUCUGAACCAGAGCGGAUGGAAGAAGAUGUACAUGACGACCUCGCUACUCACCAAGAGGAGGGUUUCCAUGUGCAGCAAAACAUGAAAGCGGAAUCCACGCUUGCAGAGUCCUCUUGGGAACCUAAUCAGAAUGCGUCAGUGAACGAGUUUGUGGCUACGCAUGCCUAUCGUGAGGAUUUUCAAAGGGUAGCCGAAUAUCCACUUGCGCCUAAGCAUGAUUCCCUCGACUAUCUCGCGGCAAUAUCGGAGUCUGCUGAACGUCUCAAUGCUAUCUCCGAACCUGCGCAGCCGGGUCAUGAAUUGGCUAUCGAUCCUAGUUUGUACGAGCUCGGUAAUCCGCAAGGGGACAAUGUAAAGGAACCUGAUACUGAGCAGUUUGAACGCUCUGUUGAGGACAGUAAAGGGCCCAGAAGCAUGCACGACAGACACCUGGCGCUUCAGCUUGAUGGUGCGGCAUCAGAAACAGUUGCUGAGCUCACAGAAAUACCUGUAUCAGCUCAUGAAACUCGGCAAUCGAUCGCUUCAGGCCCAUCUCAGUUGGUCGUGACUGACCAAGCCGCUGCCUCAGUUAAAACUUCUAGCCCGAUUGAAGCCUUGGAAGACACCCAACCAACACUGAACUUGACUCAAGAAACCUUGUCGAUAUUGGAAGCAGGAGACCGGCCACGAACUCCAACUGUGGUUGAUAGGGCUCUUGCUCUAGAGGGGGAAAGCCCGUCUCCAAUUGUUGCUGUUAACUCGGAGCCUGAAGGUGCCCUCAUUGUCAAACGCGAAGGAAGCGAGCCCGAACAACCUAUGGUUGUUGUGCACAACAAGAUCGCUCCAUCACCCGACGAAGACCAGGCAUUGCAAGCUAGCAUUGAAGUUGAUGAUCAAUCCGAAGACUCUAUCGACGAGACGAUCCGUACUCCAGGAGACCGCCAUUAUCCCGGUUUGCGAAGCAAACUCUCUUACUUCGCACCUCUUGCAACCCUAAUCGACCACUACAACGCGUUAGUAGACACAAUUUCUAUCGUCUCCGAAGUCAACCCACCAACGAAAGCUGGCUCAGGCAGCAAAGACUUCAUUAUGACCCUCCAACUCACAGACCAAUCCAUGGCUGGUGCUAGUGUCUACGCCCAACUCCUCCGACCCUACAAGUCAGCCCUCCCCACCCCUAGCGAAGGCGACGCAAUCCUCCUCCGCAAUUUCCGUGUGAAAAGCUUCAACCACUCCGUCAUCCUCGUUAGCGACAGCACAAGCGCCUGGGCUGUCUUCUCAUCCUCCACAGAAGGCGCUGAUAUAGCCGGGCCCCCUCUUGAAUACGGCGCUGAGGAGGAAAAAUAUGCUACUGGUCUGCGUCAUUGGUACCUGGAAGAUGGGGUCGCCAUGGUAGCAGACUAUCAACUUCAAGCAUCUGUAGACAGGGAGAGCAGAGCAGAGACACCGGCUAGUAGUCUUGCGCACAGUGAUGCGGGAAGUAUUGAUAUGGCGUUGCGCGAGACGCGCGGCGAUACGUCCUCUAGUCGGGGGUCAAGACGGAGAAAGUCUCAUCGCCGUAUUACGAUCCAUGAGUUGCGGGAUGGGAGAAGAUAUACAGAAGUUGGGUCCACGCCUGGGGAAGACAGUAUCCAUGAGCUGCGAGAUGGGACGCUUUAUGCCAAUUUAUGAGCGGUUAAAUUAU